CUUUUGAAACAUAAAGAUGGCUCCUAAUAUUAGAGAACUAAGUCCAGCUCUAGAGAAAAUUGCUAGAGAAGAGCUUAAUGAGGAUCCAACACAGAUUCAACAAAUUCUUGAUCAGUUCAGAGAAUGGAUAAGAAAGUCACCACAUUUAAGAGCAAGAACUGAUGAUCAAUUUUUGAUCUCAUUCUUAAGAUGCAGUAAAUACAGUCUUGAAAAAGCUAAGCAAAAAUUAGACAUGUUCUACACAAUCCGUGAACAUUCUCCUGAGUUUUUUGGAGAUCGUGACCCUGACAAAAUGAAUUUGCGGGAAUUCAUGAAGAUUAGUUCAAUGAUUCCAAUACCAACAACAUGGUCUGAAGGAUCACCACGUGUUAUUUUAGCACGCCCAGGCGGUUACGAUCCUGAUAAGUUUAAGAUGGAAGAUGUUAUGAAGUCAUUCUUGCUAAUCAAUGAUCUACUUCAUGAAGAGGAUGAUCAGAUGAUUAUAGCUGGUCAGAUUAAUAUUGUAGACUUAAAAGGAGCUACAUUGGCGCAUUUUACAUCAUUUACACCACAGCAUAUGAAGAAAAUGACAAUGAUGAUGCAAGAUGCAAGUCCAUUCAGAUUGAAAGCUAUUCAUUAUGUCAAUGUUCCAUCAUUUUUUGAAAAAUUCUUCAACAUUAUCAGGCAGUUCUUGAAUGAGAAAAUUCGAUCAAGAAUUUACUUUCACGGAAAUGAUUUUGAAUCACUUUUCAAAGUCAUCCCAAAGCAUAUUCUACCAAAAGAGUAUGGAGGAGAUGGUGACUCAAUGGACAACAUAACAACAUAUUGGGAAAAUAAAAUUUUUGCUAACAGACAAUUCCUUAUAGACCAAACCACAAAGUAUGGCGUUGAUGAAAAGAAGAGAAUUGGAAGACCUAAAAAUCCUGAAAGCUUAUUUGGAAUUGAUGGAACUUUCAGAAAAUUAGAAAUCGAUUAAUAAAGUUUUGAAAAUAAAGAA